ACUAAUCAACUUUCAUCUACAGAUUCACCACAACCAUACAAAAAUUCUACCAAAGGGCUUAUAACAAUAAUUUCGAAUUUGUUUUCAACAAUUAUUAUUCAAUUUAAUAAUUUUUGAAGUGAAUUUUUAUUGAUAAAUAUUGAAAGAAAUAUGUCGCAUUUCCAAAGCGUACCAGACACAGGAGAUGAUUUAGACAACGAAUCUGUGGAAGUGUUGCGUGCACGGCUAAACGACAUGAAGCGGUUGAUGAGUGAACGCACUGCCCAAAUACAACAGAAUCCGGCCACCACGGAGCAAAUAUGGAGCACUAAACGACAAAGCGCGACAGGAAUUAUCGAUGGCAAUUUCCUAAGCGUUGCCUUUGGAGGCGCUCUAUUGGUUAUCGUUUCGGUUUCAGUGUACGCAUUUUACAAUUUAUAUCAUGCAAUAUUGAAGAAGUUCCCCUCACAUCAUGAAGAACUGUAGAAAGUUAAAUGCAAUUUAGCGUUAUGAAAAAAAGGGAGUGAUACGGACUACACACAGAUGUGCACUUCAUAUUUGCGAAUACAAACAUACGCAUUGAUUCGUAUGGCAUAUGAAAAUAUGACAUCUGUGGUGUGUUUAAGUUAUACUGAAGUUUACGGGUUACUUACACAAACGUUAAACUAAAAGAAUUUAUAUAUGUUUGCGAAAAAAUACUGUACCAC